CUGUCCUUCCCCUUCGCCUUUCCCUCCCGCUUCCUUCUUUCGUAUCGCUCGUUUCGUUUCGUUUUCUUUCUGUUUCUUGCAACCGGGUCGCCCCACCCUCAGCCCAAAGGUGCCGCCUUUCACCCUGGGGCUCUUUCCCCACAUGCCCCUCCCCGCCCCCUGCUGCGGUGGGUGCAUUGCUUCGUGGUUUACGCAGUGUGUGGACUCAUAGUGUGAAGGUGUCUAUUGGGGCUAGGCCUUAUUAUCGUCUUUCGGGUGGCGGUGAAAGUCUGGUUUGCGAGGGCGGGCAGUGCGACCGCAGGUCUUGUUGGCUCGUUUGAGCGGCGAUGAACGCAGGGAAGAUGAAGGGAAUGUUGGAAGGAUCAGCAGCGCAGGACAGGAUGUUGCUGGUGCUGGCAGCUAUUGGUUUCCUUUUCAUCUUGCGAUUUGUCUACUUGCUGGUUUUGUGGUUUUACAGCUACUUCCUCCGCCCUGCCAAAAACCUCCAGAGAUAUGGAGAGUGGGGACUAGUUACUGGAGCUACUGACGGUAUCGGGCGAGCAAUGGCCAUCCAGCUAGCACGCAAGGGUAUCAAUGUUGUUCUUGUGGGCCGGUCAGCCUCGAAGCUGGAGGAUGUAACGAAGGAAAUCACGAGCAAGAGUCGUGCUGAGGUGCGGUCUGUAAUUGUCGACUUCAUGGACGAUGACCUUAAUGCUGGGCUUGCAAAGAUCGCCCAAUCUACCAGCGACAUUCAAAUAGGUAUACUGGUAAACAACGUUGGGAUUUCGUACCCAUAUGCACGCUUCAUGCACGAGGUUGACGCAGGACUGGAGAAGAGCUUGCUCCGCUUGAACUGCGAGGUCACCACUAAGAUGAUUCAUCUCUACCUACCUUCCAUGUUGAAGUCCAAAAGAGGAGCAAUUAUCAAUGUUGGAUCUGGUGCUGUGGGCAUCCUACCUUCUUAUCCCCUUUAUGCAGUGUACGCUGGCGCCAAGGGUUAUGUGGAGCAGUUGUCACGGUCGCUCUAUGUGGAGUACAAGCACAGUGGCAUUGACGUUCAGUGCCAGAUUCCCCUCUACGUUGCAACGAAGAUGUCCAAGACCAGACCCUCGUUCACAUCUCCCGCCGCCGAUUAUUAUGCCAAGCUUGCUAUCGCAUGUAUUGGAUAUGAGCCUGUCAUCACCCCCUACUGGGUGCAGUCCGUGAUGUGGUUCAUCAUUACCCUCAUCCCAGAGCCCAUCAUGGACUCCAUUCUCCUCAGCAACAAUCUUAACAUCCGACGCAGGGGUCAAGCCAAAGAGAACGCCGCUAAGAAGGAGUGAGCCAUUCUUUAGGCACCAGAAUGCCUUGGUGGUAUUAGCAAUUCAGAGGCUGUGGCGUGGGUGUGUGAAAUCUAGCUGAGUUUGCAUAGUACAGAAUUAAUUACCUUGAUGCUUGGUCUGUAUCCUCAUGAUUCUGGGCCUCUUGUUAUUCAUUUUAUAAUGAGGUUGCCCCUGAUUCAUUGAACCAGAAAAGUUCUGAACUCUUUUCUGUUUUUUUCAUUAAACUUAUUUUCGUUACUGUUUGGGGUUCUGUUCUUAAACCUCAGUAAAAAAUUAUAUCAACAUUGUUGGCAUGGACAGCCUUCUUACCUGCA